AUGUAUAAUUAUAAUUUGUUUGAAUGUGCAAUUCAUGAUAAAGAUGAACAAGAGAAUAGCGAAAAUUUAGAAUUUAAAGUUUUGUAUAAUACAAACAAUUUAAAAUUUGAGCUAUAUGUUAUUCAAGCUGAAAUUGAUGGUAUGGGAUUUCUGAUGGUGUAUUUAUUUCUUAAAAAUAAUGGAAAUUGUGAAGGUGAUAAUUUAUAUGAAGAAAAUGAUUUACAAAAUUGUGAAGAGUUAUAUAAUCAACUUAUAGUUACAACUGAAAGAAUACUUAAAGUUCUUAAAGAUCAACAAGAUAAGGGGAAUUUCAGAUGGGUGAAAAGUAUUGAAAAAAAUUUUAAACCAAUAGAAACUAUAAUGUCUGAAAUUAUUUUAUACAAAAGAAAAAGGACAAUGCCUUGA